AUGUUCGGGAACGGAGGGUUAGCUCUCCCGGUUUGCUCCUUUCUCCUGCUACACCUCCCGGUUCUCCCGCUAACGAACAACUGGCCCGUUAAGGAGGAGGUGUUUCAGUGGUGGGGGGAGUGGUCCAGUUGGUCCUCUUGUUCCAGGAGCUGUGGAGGAGGAGUGAGGAGUCAGGAGAGACACUGUCUCAUACAGAGGCUGUCCACCACACAGAACAUAAACAGCUCAUAUUGUGUUGGCUCUCCUAAACAGUACCAGCUCUGUCCAAACCAGGUAUGGUGCUACACUCAUAUUGAUACUAAACCCUGUCCCAGCCCGAGUGUUAGCUUCAAACAGCACCAGUGUUCCCAAUUUAACUCCAAAGCCUUUGGAAGAAGAUACUACCAGUGGAUACCUCUUUACCCAGCUGAUUACAUCAGCAUCUCCAAUAAGCCAUGUGACCUGCAGUGUACAACCAUCAGUGGUGAGCGACAGCUCCUCGUUCCUGCCCAUGAUGGUACAUUCUGCCGCGAUACUAAAUACCACGGAGUCUGUAUAGAGGGAAUAUGUCAGCCUGUAGGUUGUGAGGGAAAGCUGUACAGCAGUAAGACAGUGGACAGAUGUGGAGUGUGUGGAGGCAACGGGGCAUCAUGCCAGCGCAUCUCUGGGUCAUACAGGAAGGCACUCACACAGUUAGGAUACGUGUUCAUCACCAACAUCCCAGCUGGAGCUACAGACAUUCAGAUCAUAGAGAGACACAAGACUGAGAACAUCCUGGCCCUGUCAGAUGAAGCCGGUAAUUUCUUCUUCAAUGGAAACACUGUGUUUGACAAUCCUCAAAACUUCAGAGUGGCGGGAACAGUGUUUAAAUACCGACGUCCAAGCAAUGUGUUCUCUGAUGGGCUGGAGUACAUCAUCGCCCAGGGACCAACACUGCAGGGCCUCAAUGUUAUGUACUACAACUUGAAUGGGAAGCUCCCUCACAUCACCUACGAGUACACCAUCCCCCUCAAGUCUUAUGACAUCACUGCUGCAGAGGGUGUCACUUUGAGCCCUGGCCACUCCCAUCUUAACUUCACCUAUAAUGAGGUAAAUGAGGACAUCAUAGGGGAUGAAGUGAGGUUGACAAACCACAGCAGAGGGAGUGUUACAUCUCUCCAUCACUGCAACACACAGCUGGCAGCUGACGACCAAUCAAAUAUCCAGCUACAGGAAGAAGAAGAAGAAGGGGAGGAGGUUUUGUGGGAAAUUCGGACACCCAGCCCUCCACCACCAGCGGCCGUGUUGGUCUACAGACCGGCUGAUGUCACCAGUCAUGUGUUCAGCCACAAUGAUGUUGAAGAGCAGGGACCUCCUGCACCAUCUGGAUACCGGAGUUCCUCCAAUUUGAUUGAUGAGCCGUCCGCUACUGAUGACAACACUCUAGUUCUCUCUUUCCCAGGUAGUCAAAGUAUUCAUUCUGCAGCCCUGCCUGAAGAGGCCCCCUAUCUCCUGCUGGAGGACCUACACUACAACCAGACUACCUCAAACACACACUCCUUCACAGAGUCAAACGCAUACUCUGUUAAACACACACUCACUGAUCCACAGUCACCAGCAGAAACACACAUGGAGACAGUACACCCAGACACACACACUGCCAUCUUGGUGCAGCUGCAGCAGGUGUCUGCAGUUCAGGCAGCCAACACAGAGAGCAAUGACUUCGAUGUGGGUCUGGAACCAGAUAUUAGUCUGGCAGACAUGUAUCGCUGGAAGGUUUCUGCUUACGCUCCAUGCAGCUCCACCUGUACAACAGGUAUCACCACUAGCUACGCCUUGUGUGUUCGGUAUGAUGGUACUGAAGUGGAUGACAGUUACUGUGACUCUGUGACCAGGCCAGAGCCCACACACGAGUUCUGCACUGGGAAGGAAUGUCCUCCAAGGUGGGAGACCAGUGGCUGGAGUGAGUGCUCUCGAACCUGUGGUGAGGGUGUUCAGUACCGCACCGUGCGCUGCUGGAAGAUGCUGUCACCCGGUCUCGACUCCUCUGUCUACGAUUCGCUGUGUCUGUCACAUGACCUGCAUAAACCAGCCAAUAGAAAGGUCUGCCUUGGCCAGAGCUGUGGACCACAGUGGGAGGUGUCUGAGUGGUCAGAGUGCUCGGCACGUUCCGGCUCUCGGGGUGUUCGAACUCGGGAGGUUCGUUGCUCCAUGGAAAUGAGACUAUGUAACAAGUCGUCUCAGCCAAUAGAGAGUCAGGAAUGUGAGGGCCCUCCCUGCGACAGAAGAUGGACAGUUUCUGACUGGGGACCUUGCUCAGGUGUGUGUGGAGAGGGGAGGAUGGUGCGUGCGGUGACAUGUCGAUCGUCAGGUGGGAUAGUGAUGUCAGAGGAGCAGUGUGACCAAUCACUGCGCCCACUGGCCAUCUAUCCCUGUGGUGACAGAAACUGUGCCCCCCACUGGGUUGAACAGGAAUGGCAACAGUGUAAUGCUACGUGUGGCCGCGGUGUGCGGCAGCGUCAGGUGGUGUGUGCUGGGCUGGAAAGUGGUGUGUUCAAAGAGUUUCCAGACAGUAGCUGUGACCAAAGCAACAAACCAGAGACCAGCUCCUCUUGCUUCCAGAGACCUUGCUCCAAAUGGUUCACCACAUCCUGGUCCCAGUGCAGUAAGACCUGCGGGAGUGGUGUCCAGGUUCGAGAAGUCAAGUGUUACCAGGGGGAGGAGCUUGUAACCAGGGGCCACAGCUGCGACUCUGCCCUCAAGCCAGAAGCCAGACAGAGCUGUGAAAUCCAGAGCUGUCCGACAGACGCACCAGUGGCAGCCCCGGCAGAAUCAGUGGCAGUAGACGACUCCUGCCAGGACAAGCCAACAGCCAACUGUGCCCUGGUGCUAAAGGUGAAGCUGUGUUCCCAUUGGUACUACAGAAAGGCCUGCUGCCAGUCCUGUAAGGCACCAAGAUCCUGAAGUCUUCACUGUAACCUCUCACCUCGACUCCUCAGCACCAACCACUGUGACGGUGGAGGUGG